AUGGGCAAUAAAAUAGCUCAUCGACGUAGUUCCAUAGCAACAUCGACUACUGUUAUAUCAACAGAUUUAACCUCAUUUGUUUACGAGGAUUUAAUCUUUCAUGUUCAAGCUAUUCAAAAUCAAAUGAUCGAAACCGUAAAGUAUCUUGAUGAUCGAUGGAAAAAUGAGAAAAAGAUCCGAAAGGAAAUAAAAUCACGUUCAAUAAUAAUUAUUGAUUCAUAUGGAAAUCCAAUGACUGAUACAUAUAUGGACCAUGAAUUGAUCAGUACAUUAUUUAGAAAAUGGCAUCUGGAAGACAGCAGAACUCUUUCAGCCUAUAAUAUACAAAAGGAAGCUGUGCUUUAUAUAUCUGUAUGUUUACGAGGUGGAAUGUAUAAUUUUACUAGUGGUCGACUAGAUUUUGAAAAUUUACCAAAAGCAGAAGUCAAAGUAAUAAAAAAUAUUCUGGCAUUUAAAUUUAAACAUAAAAGUCAUCCUGCACAUUUAUUACCUGUGAAACUACAAAAUUUUGUUUUACAAGGACAACUUCUUCUUUCAAAAUUAUUUAAUGAAUUCAAAAAUGUCUAUACAUCUGAUGAUGUUCCAUAUUUAAAAAAUAUUAUCUUACCGGACAUUGCUGAUAAUGAAGAUGAUGAUGAUUUUUUAAAUGCACAAUGA